AUGGGAACCAGACAGUCAAAAGUCAAGAAGUUCGAACCAAGAAUCGAUGACCCAGCAGUCGUUCUCGACACUCGCUCUCAAUGCGGGUAUAAAUACAGCCUUGCACCUGCCGCGACGGCUACGAGCAUAGACUACCACUCCGGGAUCCCCAUCUACAAUAGUGGUCUGCUCCACUCCUUUGUCCGCCCCACUGUCCGCGAUUCUCGAUACUUCAACAAACAACGCCAAUAUCUCCUCAAAAGUCGGAACUCGCCGGAAGAAGAUAUGCUACCAGAUGGAGUCCUACUGAUCGACCCAAAAUCAACCGCGAAUCCUACAAUCUACCUCCAUCUCGCUCGCGCAAACGAUCGUGGGUGCUGUGGCCUGGGAAAUCCAGACUGUCCACGUCGUGCGAAUCUCGAUCAGGAAGUCAAUGAUACUCUUGCCGUUAUGGGAGGAGAUUUGAUGCAAUUACCUGAUUGGGUCAUUGCUGGAUGGAGGGCCGGAUACUACAAACUGUUAUUUGUGAAGCUCUGA